CCAUACUGAUGUCACUAUGUGUGUGAGAGAAAGUCCCUCUGGAGAGACACAGGGAUUUUAGCCUCUGCAGACCAUUAACAUGCACACUAUGGAUCACAGUGCAGGAGAGGGGACACUGAAAGAAAGCAGAUUAGGGCCUCCUUUAAAAGUCGUCAUGCUCUGAUACCUUCUGACAGAUGCAGGUUUCCUCCCGAGAGUGCGUUUUCACUACCUCUUUUUGAGUUUGACUUCCUCUCCCAUAAGACUCUAAAAGUCUGUUUUUGGAUUUGAAUCAGUGAAGAGCUUCAGGCUCCAGCUCUGCAAAGAAAACGAGUAUGGCGCUGUUGCCCAACCUCCACCUCGCCCUCCUCCUCCUCUUCCUUGCCAUGUGUCGAGGUCAAAGGUCAAACCCCGGCGGCGAGAGGUCGUCCUGCGAUCGCUGCGACCCGCAACACGCCUGCAACUGCUCCCACGCCGGAUACACGUUUGUUCCCAUAGUAACAGACCGCGCCCUGACCCUUGACCUUUCCUUCAACGACAUCACUGUGGUGACCGGCGGCGACCUGACGGCACACGAGGAACUGCGGAUUCUGAUUCUUCACCGUAACAGACUGUCUGAGAUCCAUCCGGCAGCGCUCGACUCUCUGUGGAGUCUGGAGCAGCUCGAUCUGUCCGACAACCAGCUGACUGCCAUCAACCGCAGGUGGUUCAGUAAGCUAGGAGCUCUGCAGGAACUCAACCUGCUCAACAACCCGUACAGCUCUCUGGGAUCUCGUCCGGUGUUGCAGAGGCUGGUCAGGCUGAGGAGGCUGAUGUUCGGAGGUCCUGCUCUGGAGGAGCUGAAGAGGGGAGAUCUGUCUGGAGUCUCUCAGCUGGAGGAGCUCACUCUGCAGGCAAACAACCUGAGGAGGUACGAGUCCGGGGCGCUGGCGGACGUUUGGCCGUUGGGUCGUGUCACUUUGAGCCUCCAUGGUCCGUUUUUAACAAACGAAGCCUUAGCUUCGGAUGUGAUCGGGGAUGUGUCCUACCCUGAGACGCCUAUUAUUCUGAAAGACCUCCAUCUGAAUCAUUCCAUUCAGCCCUUCAAAGAGAUGGUCCGGAGGAGAGUCAGGAAAAUUACCUUCUGCAACAUUUCUUUGACGGAUAAUGCCAUGGUUGACUUCCUUGAGACGGUGGAUGGUGAGCCGAUCACAUCCCUGUUCAUGGACGGCAUCACGCUGAUCGGCGAGGGCAGGUGGGAGAAAGCCAGAUGGAGCGAUCAUAAAAACAUCGAUGAGUUCUUCGUACAAAAUGUUGUGGUGCUGAAUGUCUAUCAGUUUACCUCCUUUCUGCCGCUGGGGUUUUUGCUGAAGUACCCCAGAAAGGUGUCCGUCAUAAACUCUCAGAUGUUUGUGAUGCCCUGUGCCACGUCCUACCUGCUGUUGAACCUGCAAUACCUUGACCUUUCCGACAACCUGCUGACCGAGCUGACUCUGACGGAGACGCUGUGCAAUGGUAAAGGCACGCUAAAGGACCUCCGAGUCUUAAACGUCAGCGGAAAUGCUCUGAAGUCUUUGUCCACGGUGAGCCGGCUGGUGACAAAGCUCUCCAAACUGACCCACCUGGACGUCAGCAGGAAUGGAUUCAGCUCCAUGCCCGGGGUAUGCUCCUGGCCUUCCACCCUGCGAUACCUCAACAUCUCCAGGGCCAAACUCAGCACCAUCUCCGCUUGUCUACCCACGACUCUGGAGGUUUUGGAUCUGAGCAACAACGAUCUUAAAGCCUUCAUGCUGAUCCUUCCUUUCCUGAGAGAGCUCCACCUCUCUGGGAAUAAGUUACUGAGGCUUCCCCCUGGAUGGAUGUUCCCAAACCUGCAAACACUGACAAUACAGUCAAACACCCUGAGCAUGUUCAGCCUUCCGGACCUCCAGUCAUACAGACGCCUCCAGGACCUCCGGGCGGGCCAGAACAAAUUUAUCUGCUCCUGUGACUUUGUCUACUUCCUCCAGUCGGCCAUUAAAGGAGGGGAAGAUGCACAUUUAUCCGACGGAAAGGAUGCCUACAUCUGCGACUCCCCUCUCUACCUGCAGGGGGAGCCAGCGUGGCGAGUCAGGCUGUCUGUGGUUGUGUGCCGACGGGUUUUGUUUGUGUCCGUUAGUUGUGUGGUGGCGUUGAUCAUUGCCGUCUUGGUGUGUGUCCUGCUGUGGCGCCUUCAUGCGUUCUGGUAUCUCAGGAUGACGUGGGCGUGGCUGAAGGCCAAGCGAAGCUCACGGCUGCGGCGCCGAAGAGAACAACUGAUAACCUAUGACGCCUUCGUGUCGUACAGCGAGAGAGACGCCAGCUGGGUGGAAAACUUCUUGGUACCCGAGCUGGAGGAGCCAAGGGAGAACGAUGAAGACCCUCGGAACGGCCCAACCCCCAGACCGCUGACCCUGUGCCUCCACAAAAGGGACUUCCUCCCUGGUCACUGGAUUGUGGACAACAUCAUGAACGCCAUUGAGUGCAGCCGGCGGACCGUCUUUGUCCUCUCCGAGAACUUUGUCCAGUCGGACUGGUGCCGCUACGAGCUGGACUUCUCCCACUUCCAGCUUUUCGACGGGAAGGCCGGCAGUGACGCUGCCAUCUUGAUCCUGCUCGAACCGCUGUCCAAGGACGACAUACCGAAACGCUUCUGCAAACUGCGCAAACUCAUGAACUCCACCACCUACCUGGAGUGGCCCCGGGAGGAGGAACGGAGCGCAGAGUUCUGGAAGAAGGUCCGCAACGCUCUGAGAAACGAAGAAGAGGAGCAGAAGGAGGAUUGAGAGGGAAAGACAUGUGUUGUGUCUCAGUUUGUGUACUUCUGUGCUUAAACUAGCUUGCAUCAGUGCGACCCAAUGAAAGGUACGGCAAAAUGCACCUGCAUUGACACACCGAUCCAAACGUACCCCUAUUUUUUGACUCCGUUCCUAUGAGGGCUCAGCAGCCGUUUGUGUUUUAAAACAACACUUUAUGGUUGAAAUACACUGCACACGUGUUCACAGUACACAACAUAGCGUUAGCAUUAGGGUACAUCCCAAGUUGGACAUUUCCCCUCUUCUAAACUUAAGAAGUUGAUCUGGUGUGCCAUCUCGAAAACCAUCCGAAAGCCCUUAUUUCUGGGAGGAUCACAGCAAGAUGAGCAAGGAAGCACCUGAGCGCCCUUUAGUGACGUUUCUGAAUGCCCCCUUCAUACUUUAUCAAUCCCAAACUGGGAAUUGUUUUCAUUGUAGCGGCGAAAUACAAAAAGAAGAAGCAUAUCAAAUAAUUAGAACUAGAAACAAAAAUAAAAAUGAGAAAUAUAGAAGUGUACAGAGAGCACGUUCAGUCCAGCUCACAGAGAGGCUAUGGAGCAGAGAGUCCUGCAGCCAGAGGGGAGUUAUAGUACAGAGUUAUUGCAGAGGGCAGGAAGGUUCUCCUGAACCUGUCCUUGUUGUUGUUGUUGUUGUUGUCGUUGUUGUUCUUGUUCUUGUUCUUGUUCUUGUUCUUCUCCUCCACCUCCUCCUCCUCCUCCUCCUGCUCAAAUAUUACUUUGCAGUUGUUUGUUUUAAGGACAAUGAGAAAUAAAAAGGCUGUGAUAAUUCACACACACA